AUGGAUUUAAAUAUGCCAGAUAUUUUGUCACCUAGCGAUAGUAAUGUAGGUGAAAUAGGUAAGUGUAAUUCAACAAUACUGCUUAAUAGAGAUCUUCCAUAUAAUGAUUUAUUGGAAAAGAAGAAUAAUCCUAGCAUAUAUAGAUAUUAUACACCUAAUAUAAUACAACAACAUACUGAUAACGUACAACAACAUCAUCAAUCAUAUCAUGAGGAAAAAGCAAAUCAGUACACAGCACAGUUACAGAAAAACGAUCCCAAAGAAGUGAACAGUGGUACAUCUAAGGGAAUUAGUUAUGGAGGGAUUCCUGCUGUGCCCACAGUAAUCCCUGCCAAUAUACCAGCUGCUCAUGCAAUCAAAUCAAAACGUACAGGAUUGGAUGCGAUCGGAUUGGAUUUUAUGCGCGCAAAUGGUGCCAGACCGGGUUUAAUACAAUUAAGACAUGUAAAAGAGUUUAAAGCUGCUAAAGAAUUGGAAAAUCAGUAUCAACAACAAACUUCACGUAAACAAGAAAAUCAAGAAACAAAAACAAAAAUAAAGCACUCAAAUAUUAGUAAAUAUCCAUGUACUCUUGGUAUAUUUCCAGCUAGAAGUAGUAGUGGUAGUAGUGGAGGUUUAAUUGGAACUAAUCAACAAAGUCCAUUUCAUCAUUUAAUUAGUGGUGGUGUUCUCGGCGCUACUGUAUUAACAUUAGCAGCUAAAGAUAAUCGUUCAACGAAAGAAUUAAUAGAUAUUCAGAAACAUCAACAACCAACAGCUUCCCAGUUAGAAAAAAACACUAUUUCACAAAUGAAAGAACAACCGAACUUAGAAGAAAAUAGUAGUGAUAAACCAUGGACUCAACAACGCAUUAAUCAAAAUAAUGAAGCUUUACUUGAUGAAUAUCAUCAUGAAUGUAAUUGCUCUAAUCUAGCCAUUGAUCCUUUAGCCGCGGAACAAGUUAUUUAUAAUCAUGAUGCAUCAGUAGACUCUAUAACAAGGAAUGCACAUAAUCUUUCAAGCGAUACAAGUAAUACAAGCAAGACAAGUCAACCAGUUUCAGAAAUUCAUUUGCAUAAACACAAUCACUAUUAUGAUAAAAUAAGGUAUCAACUAGCCCGUUCUGCUACUGUCACAUCAUCAUCGCCAAUGAAGAAACAUAUUCAACUUGAAACUACUCACAAUAUUAAUCAACGUCAAGCAGAUUUGAUUGGAUUACAAGAAACUUUAAGUGUACCGGGUUUAGCAAGACAGUGGACAGAUGACAGUGAUUACACAGAUGAUUACAGCAUUUAUAAGAGACAAAAUUCAUUCGAAACAAAUGAUAGACAACAAAGCUAUGAUAGUAGUAAUAUGUCGUUGUAUACACACUCUGCUAACACAUAUAAUGAGACAUUAUUCAAGCAAUAUGACACUAACAAUGUAGUCAAUCAGUUCGUAUCAAAACAACCCAGUUUAGAUAGAAACGAAGUAAAAAAUGUACAGUUUAAUAAAGAAUUAAAUGAUGAAAAACGUGCAAAUAGUGUUACAAACUACUUGAACACUUGCCCAGUAUCCUACUUAAAUUCAGGCUGUCACUCUCGUAUUAGACGAUUAAGAGAAAAUUUUGAGAAAACUAGGAGUUCAACAUAUACAUGGAAGCCAACAAGGAAUAUGGGAGGGUUAUUAGAAAAAGCAUUAGCUACAAUUGUAGAUAAGAAUUCUACAAUUACAGUGGAAAAUGUACCACAAAUUUCAAUUGAAGAAAACGAAGAUACUGGUAAAUCCGUGAAAAUAUCAGGGAUUAAAGAACAAGAAAGAUUUUCACCCCCUACAUUAGAUUUACAGGUUACUGAUAAACAUGAUAAUGCUGAUGAUAUACAUAAAACUCCAUUAAUAUCACCUUUAAUCAUAUAG